AUGGACGUCCCGCGAGGAGAGGAUCUUGCCAGUCAGGACUCCCGGGCCCAGGCAGGAAAGGCGGAGCAGCAGGAGAGCACGGACGGAGUGCACGGCACCCAGGAGUUCAGGUGGAAGGAGUUGGCUGCAUUUGAGAGAAAGCGCCACUCCUCACUGGAGAGGGCGUCUGAAGUGGCGGCACCGACAGCGGAGGAAUGGCAGCCUCAGAGGGAUCUGCUGAAGGAAGCGGUUCCUCUGGCUGUGCCAAAGGUUUUCCGCCGGCAGCGGCCAGCCCACAGGGGCCUGGAGAAGCUACUGCAGGAGUUCUCCCGCCAAGGGCACACCCUGUCCCAGGUGUGCAGAGAGAAGGCAGUGCUGGGACAGGAGAACGCUGCCCUGGAAGCCCGACUGGCAGCCACGGAGCGGGACCUGCGAGGCCUUUCAGAGCAGCUGGCAGAGGCCAGGUCAGAGAAGGAGAGCCUGCAAAGCAGCCUGCUGGAGGCACAGCAGCACAUACGGGAGCUGGAGAUGGCCAGGAGCCGUGUGGAAGCCCAAGUGCACAGGGCCAGGCAGGCCAAGGAGGCGAUACUGGAGGAUGUGAGGGGCCUUCGUCGUGAGCUGCUGGCUGUAAGAGCUCUCAGCCAGCAGCAAUGUGAAGACAUGGCUGAACAGCUCCGCUGGGCACAAGAGCAGUGGUGCAAGGCUCUGAGACUCUGGCAGUCUGCCCAGGAAGAGGAAAAAAGGAAUCUCGUGCAAGAACUGGAGAGACAACUGGAAGAGCAGCAUGUGGAGACACGGAAGCAGCUGGAGGAACGGGCAAACUUCCUGGCAGAGGUGCUGCAGGAAGAGCAGCGUCAGAAGGCUGCUGUCAUCCACAAGGUGUACCAGCUGCAGAGAGAGCUGAAGCAAAGUGAGCAGCUGAGGCAGAGGCUGAAUGAGCAGUGGCAGAACGGGCAGGUCAUGCUGCAGGCUGAGCUGCAGGAAGCUGAGAGGAAGAUGAGGGCAAUGGAGAAGAGGCACCAAGAGGAAAUGGAAAGGAUGCACAAGGUCCUGCUGCAGUGCAGGCUGGCUGAAGAAAAGCAGGUGGACGCAGGAUCUGCCAUUGAAGCUGCUGGUGCAGCAGCAUCCUGCCAAGAAGCCUCCUCUCCACAGCCUGAAAACCAGAGCAUGAGCAGCUCGGCCCACUCAAGCCAGGAGAGAGAGAAGCAGUUCCUGAAGCUGCUGAGGUGUGUGGUGAGUGUGGAAGAUCCAGAAAAGAAGUACACUGGAUGGGAACAUCUUGGCAGUGGGGGCUUUGGAGCUGUUUAUAAGGCCUUCGACACUGCCACAGGACAAGCGGUGGCUGUAAAGGAACUUUAUCUCCAGCACCAGGGCUGUGAGGGAAUAUUAAAAGAAAUCCUGCUCAUGAGAGAAAAUAAGAAAGCCAAUAUUGUCAGCUACUUAGAAAGCACGGGAAAAAGUGGUUCUGGGUAG